UGGAAUAGGAAGAAAAUAUAUUUCAGAUAAUUAUCAUACCAGUUAACAAUCAAAUGGCCCAUAAAUAGUCAAGGUGCCAACCAACAAAGCUAUAAAAUAGCAACCACUAUGCUGAACACGUUAAACUACUUCCUAAUAACUAGGAAACACAAAGACACGUACAAGGAAAUGACUAAAUACCAAAAACAAUCUAAAGACUUAUCCAACACUUCUAAGGAUAAAGGCUGCAAUAGAGUGGUCAUGGAUUGGCUCAGUGCUUCUGCACGUCUUAUGAUAGUUUCUGAUCUUGAUCAUACAAUGGUUAAUCAUCAUGAUGUUGAGAAUGUAUCCCUACUAUGCUGCUACAUAUAUCAUUCGCUUGUGAAAAUAAAAAAGUCGCUGGUAGUUUGGAGUGUUGGCUGAUGGAUUAACUUGAGUAUAGGUAUAGAUAGAAGUAUAUUGCUUUUGUUGUGAAAAUUAGGAAAGCAAAUUUAUCCUAAAAUAAUAAACUGGUAAAUGAAGAAAUCUUUUAGCUUAAAUGCUUGACCAAAAUGUACUUUAUGUAGCUGUACCUAGAACCAGUACUAGGACUAAGUUACAUUUUAGAUCUACUUUGACUGGAACCUAUUGACAUUUUGCAUCAACUUUUAGUGAUUAUCUUUGUCUAAUGAAUCUACUAAGAAAUCUGUUUCCACCUUUCAUUUCUUGUUGGAAUACUUUAUGCUCUAUGUUCAGAAAGAACCGCCAACUUUAAUUGCUCUUUCUUCAGGAUCCAUCUGCUAUAACUGUCCAUCCAUCUGGUGUUGAGAAAAGCUCUACAUGAACGCAUACAUAAAUUGAAAGGGUGGUACGGAGAGAAGCAGGGAAACACGUUUCGGGUUUGGGUGGAUUGUGUAUUAUCUACCCAGACAGGUCAAGCACAUGGUUGGUGAAUUUUGAUAAGUGGGAGCAGUCUGGAGGGCGAUGCAUUGUUCACAUGGGUUCACUUGGAUGCAUGUACGAUAGACGUGGCUGCAAGGAUUGAAAAUGGAAGACCAUUAAGACUCGCUGUUCUAGAUUGAUAUCAGAUGCUAUCCCUGACCUUUUCAGCUCUGGAGUAUUCAAUAUUCAAUUGAAGUAAAUGUACUAAUGAUGUUAAUAUUUCACUUCUUAUGCAAGGAUCAAAUCAUAAAGCUUUGUUCGUUUG